ACGAACAUGACUGCUCCUUCUCCCUUGUGAAUACCUCUCUCUCUCUCUCUCUCUCUGAAUAUGCUAUCUUUGGCGAUUCAGCCGAGUGGCUGUUUCAAACCCUCCAUGUUUAUGAAUCCCCCUUCGAAGCUCGCUGUUAAAAUACCCUUGAACAGUUCAAUCUUUUGGAGCCCCAAUGCCCACGCCUUUCACUCACCAAAGCUCUCCAAUUUGAAAUUUAGCCUCAACGCGAAAAGAAAAGACGCCAUUUCCAAGCUUUCCGCUUCUUCUUCAGCAGCCGCCGUCGAAGCCGUUGCCGAAGAAGAAACCCCCGCCAAGGACUCGGCAUCGUCGUCACAACCUGAAUCACAGAAGCUUGGGGUAGUGGUGAAGCCAAUGCAGAAACCAAGGCUCGUAUUAAAGUUCAUCUGGAUGGAGAAGAACAUUGGACUUGCUCUUGACCAAGUGGUUCCAGGACACGGCACGAUUCCUCUGAGUCCCUAUUACUUUUGGCCUAGGAAAGAUGCUUGGGAGGAGCUCAAGGUUCUGCUUGAGAGUAAGCCAUGGAUAUCUCAGAAGCAGAUGAUCAUUCUUCUUAAUCAAGCCACUGACAUAAUCAAUUUGUGGCAACAAAGCGGUGGUGAUUUGUCGUAAGGUUCCAACUAGAAGAACUUGUAAUUUCAGUAAUUAAUGCCUUAGGUUACUUGCUAGUGAACUUUAGGCACUUGUUCUUGUAGUUCAUUGGCUCACUUGAGUUGUUCUGAUCAGAUUUAAAUGAACAUUUAUAUAUUUAUUUAUCUGUAAAAUUCAGCUAUCAUCA